AGCUAACAUAACCUUUAACCCGUUAGUAAUGAAACUUUUUAAUAAAUAAAUAAAUAAGACCGUUUACACAUACAAAAAGUGUACUGUUCAGAAACAUUACUGUAACAGUAUUAAUAUAGUACUUUGCCAUGUUAAAAUAUUUACCAUAUCCAAUAAGUGUUUUAAGGUUAGGUGCAUCGAGACAGGUAUUUUGUACAAAUAAAUUAAAUGUUCAUUCAAAAAAUUGUCCCAACAAAUUAUCCUUUGAUUGUUUCAAGCCUAAAAUAUUUCAAAGAAGUUUUUCCUCCGAUGAAUGUCAUUCAGAAGAUGAAACAACUGUACCUUCAAAUAAAACAUUGGACAUUAAGUCCAUAACGAACGGUGAUCCUCAAUUAGAACACAAAUUUAAAGUUUUAUUAUUAGAAACAGAAGUUUUAAGACAAGAAGGAUGUAGAAUUCCGUCAAAUGACUUUUUGAAAGAGCAUCAUUGGAAGCAAUUACUGCAGUUAGACUCAAAAAGUGCAAGAAGAAAAUUAUUAGAAUUUACAUUCAGAGUGCAAAAGAAAAGAGAAUCACAACAGUUAAAAAAGGAAUUGAAAAGAAAAGAGAGGGGAGAAAAACCACUUGUACCAGAAUCACAGGGAGCACUCAUUUAUGAUCUUAGCCAUAAUAGUAUGCUUUUAAGAGUAUAUGACAGUACGAUUGAUAAUUUUCAUAAUUGGAGAGCAUUACAAGCAAGCAUGUUCGGGCAAAAAAUAGUUAUAGACUGUGGUUACGAUACUGAAAUGACUGUUAGAGAAAACAGUAAUUGUGCUAAGCAACUUAUGUAUGUUUUCUCAGAAAAUAGGAAACAUGAUGAUCCUUUUGAUGUUUAUUUUUGCAAUAUGAAAAGAGAUACAAUUUUAUUUGAUACUCUUAAAAAGUCUAUUCCGACAAUGGAUGAACCAUGGUUUCCAAUGAAUGUUUAUGAAUGCAGUUAUUUGGACUUGUUUCCAAAAGACAAAUUAGUUUACCUAACACCUCACUGUAGGGAAGUUUUAUAUGAGUAUGAUCAUGAUGCCAUAUAUAUUAUCGGAGCUAUAGUUGAUAAGACUAACCCAGAGCCGCUUUCCCUUGCGAAGGCCAAAAAGGAAGGUCUUAAAAUGGCAAAAUUACCUCUCGAUCGUUACCUUCAGUGGAGCUCAGGUUCAGGAAAAAGCUUGGCCAUCAACCAUGUUAUCAACAUUCUACUAGAUAUCAAAACAACAGGCGAUUGGCAUUAUGCCUUACAACAUGUUCCAACCAGAAAAGUAGAAAAAGUUAUUACUAAAUCAUCAACGAAAAGAUUUGGUGGCAGACUUAGCUUUGAUAAGGAUUCUGGCUUAUUUGAGGAAAAAAAAGAGGCCUUUUGGAAGCCAAAGUGGUUAAAUAAAAGUAAAGACAGCAGAAUGAAGAGUGAAGAAAAUAAUACAGAUGUAGGAAGACAAAUUAAUAUUAAGAAGAUAUUAAAUGAUUAAUAGUAUUUAACGCUAAAUCGUCUCUGUACAUUUAAGAUAAUAUGUAUCAUAAUUUUUAUUAAAUAUAUGAUUUUUGUUAUA